CCCCGCGGAUCGAUGAGUGAAGCCGCCUGCGCAGCUCCGCUCCCCGCCCUCCUCUUCAUCACAUCCCGUUGUCUCAGUGAGGAUGAGUCGGUCGGAGGCUCGCCGCUAACCGGGCCUGGUCGGUUGAUGGUGGUUCCGUGGAUCCGGUCCAGUCCCAGCCCGGUCCGGCCUGCAGGUGUUCGCGGCCCGGAGCUGAGAUGCAGCAGCUGUUAUGUAAGAGCGGAGCCGUUCGCCCGCCGCCAUGAAUGACGCGCAGCAAGAAAUGUCUCCGGACUUCGUCCUGAUGCGGCUCGUCUCCGCCGCGGAGUAUGACCGGCUGGACGAGCCGGACGGCCUGAUCCGGUCCGGCGGCGGCGGGUUCGGGUCGGUGAAAGCCGCGCUGGGUCACCGCGGCGGCGGGUUUGAGGUGGAUCCCAGCGGCCCCUCCGCAGGCCUCGGCUCCGCAUCCCCGCACUACAGUUCGCCGCUUCCCGGAAGAGUGGAGCUGGAGGGCGGCCUGGGGCUGCCGCAGGCCCCGCAGACCUCCGACGCGUCGCUGUCGCCGCCGUCAGAGGAUUUUGCCGCAGCGGCGCAGCGGUUCGUGGACGGUUCGGGGGGACAUGGAUCCAGGGCUCAGCUGAUGGUUCUCCAGAACCUGCUGCGGUCCGGACUGCAGCAGCCGCCCGCAGGGUUCCUGCAGGAGGAGGCAGACAGACUAGAACCGGGACCAGGACCGGGACCAGGACCAGGUUCUGUUAACGAUCCUACCGGAGGAGGGAAGGAGCAGAAGACCCAGUCCCCUGAAGAGACCCCGCAGUGGCACCCAGUGGUCCGACUCUCCAAAGGGUCUGAGGGCCCACAGAACCCCCCGCAGGUCCCGCCUCUGGACCCUGAGUCCAUCCCCAUCCUGUGUCACAGACACCGCCUGGCCAAGUGGCCCCCGGGCCUCCUGCAGCAGGCUCUGCGCCUGGGACUGUUGGAGCACAGGAAGUCCUGCUCCUCUGGGGGUGAAGAUCCAGUCCUGGUUCUGGCCCAGAAGCUGGGUCAGCUGGGUGAGGGCAGAGAGGGGGUGGGAGUUGGUGGGGAGGAGGUGGUGCCCCCCCUCCCUCGCUGCUCCUGUCACAGUAUCCUGGGUACCGGACCCGGGGGGCCCGGGGAGGACCCCAGUGACACCAGCGAUGCCCUGCUGGUUCUGGAGGGUCUGGGUUCGGAGCAGGUAGGGGAACUGGCUCAGGGGGGAGGGAGGGGUGAAGAGGACACCAAGACAGAAGAGGAUGGGGAGGGGGGCGGUACUGGAGGGACGCCUGGGGGAGUCGGACCCGUCAUCUGUGCCGGGACUCUCAGCGGUCUGAUGCGGCAGGUCCACCGGCUGGCCGAGGAGGCGGGGGUCUGCACGGAGCAGACCUGCCGAUCUGCCGUGCCCCCCCACUCCCCCGCACCCCCACAGGCCCCCCCACCCGCAGCAGCCACGGGCAGCACCCGCGUCCCUCCAGAACAGGGCCCCCGCCCGCAGCAUCAGCACCAGUCCAGAUCCCAGCCCCAGAGCCGCGCCGCCACCCCAAAGCUGGGCGUAGCGGCCGGGGGGGCCGGGCGGCCCGCCUCCCCCCUGGUGGUCCUGGAGGGGGAGAAGACCCCGCGGAGAAAGUCCAGGAAGGGGGGGUCCCUCAAGGUCCGGCUCAGCAAGUUGUUCAGAACCAAGAGCUCCAGCGGCGGGUCGGGGGGGCUACUGGACAAGCGUCCGUCUCUGGCGUCGUCCACCUCAUCAGGCGGGAGCCUGCUGGACGUGUGGGGGUCCACCUGCAGCAGUACGGACCAGGACAGCAGCAGGCUGCAGGUGUCCAGACCCCACAGUGCCUUCUCCCCGGUGCCGUUCACUCCUGCUUUCACCGGUGAGACGGUCUCUCUGGUCGAUGUGGACAUUUCUCGCAGGGGGGGGGCCUCUCAGCACCCCCCUACCCCUCCCCCCCCUCCCAGACGGAGCCUCAGCCUGCUCGAUGAUUUUGGGGGCCCUCCUCAGCAUCAGGGGCCCUUCAUGGAGCACAGCACCGGAGCAUCAAUGCAGUCUCUGCCCCCCCGAACCAUGGCCCUGCCCCCCACCCUGAGCACCAUCCAGCACAGCCUGAGCCUCAACGACACCUUCCUGCGAGGUUUACCCCGCCCGGUACCGCUGCGGCCCGACGGCCAGAACCCACCCCCACGGCUUGCCCCCCGCUGCCCCCUGAGUCGACCCGACGCUGGCAGCUUCGCCACCAGCCUCAGAGAGCUGGAGAAGUGCGGCUGGUACUGGGGCCCCAUGAACUGGGAAGACGCUGAGAUGAAGUUGAAAGGGAAGCCGGACGGAUCGUUUUUGGUCCGGGACAGUUCAGACCCUCGGUACAUCCUGAGCCUGAGCUUCCGGUCGCAGGGGGUGACGCACCACACACGCAUGGAGCACUACAGAGGGACCUUCAGUCUGUGGUGCCACCCAAAGUUCGAGGACCGCUGCCACUCUGUGGUGGAGUUCAUCGAAAGAGCUAUCAUGCACUCCAAGAAUGGAAAGUUCCUCUACUUCCUUCGCUCCAGAGUCCCAGGUCUGCCUCCGACUCCAGUCCAGCUCCUGUACCCGGUCUCCAGGUUCAGCAGCGUCAAGUCUCUGCAGCAUCUGUGUCGCUUCUGCAUCAGACAGCUGGUCCGGAUCGACCAUAUCCAGGAGCUGCCGCUGCCCACGCCUCUGAUCGCCUACCUGAGGAAGUUUUAUUACUACGACCCUGAGGAGGAGAUCAGCCCCCCGCUGCGGGACGGGAAGGAGGCCAAGGAGCCCAGCAGCCAGCCGGGAGUCGAGUCCCAAACGUAGCACUGGAGCUGGCCCGCGCAGGAGUCCAUUCGCGGAUCUUUUCUUUCUCUGUUUUCUGGACUCGAUCACUGAAGGACGUUCAAAGAUUCAAACCGGACUCAGACUGCAGCCAAUGGGCUCCCUCUGCUCAGUCUAUCCAGGCGAGUUUCAGAUGAUCCUCCCUCUUCUGAUUGGCUCAUGUGGAGUCGACGGCGGAGGGACAGGGGAUGAGGAGACUCCGCCUCCUUUUUGAUGUCAUCACCGAUCAGCCGGACUGGAGCGGGCGGUACGUCGCCGUCGGGACGUUCCUGGGAGCUCGGCGAGGAAGAACGCAUCGGUCGCCUCCAGGAUCCUUAAACUUCCAAAAACCCAGAGACGGAAGAUUGCUGCGGAAUCUGGCGUUCCUACGGGAACCUCGGAGUUUCCCAUCAUGUUUACUUUUCCUUUCUGCUGGAGCCUCUGCUGAGCAUCAGCAGGGGGCGCCGUUUGGCGGUACGUGUUCAUGCUACUGAUGAAGAGCGUGGUGGAUGGAUGAAGCUCUGAUAAUCAGAACGAUGUUCAGAAUGUUUUAUUUCUUUGGUUCUGAUGGAUCCAGAUCCGAAAGGGUUCUGGAUCGGGUCCAUUUAGUCCGAAUCCCUGCCAGAACGGGUCGCUUGUCUUCAGAACCGUCGCUCUGACUUUUAUGACAUAAAGUUGCUGGUUCUGAAUUUGUGGGCUUUAAAAUGUCCAGAACCGCUGGCGUUUGAUCACAUGUGGAGUUCUGCCUGUAAACGGUUCUGACACGACGUCUCCUCCUCACUCUGGUCGGUCUCCAACCGGUCAUAAUGAUUCACACACACACCCUCAGGUCGCCAUGGCAACCAUCCACUCCGGAAGCUGAUUGGGUCAGGCCAGAACCAUCUCUGGACCUUCUCUGGUGUUCUGCUCACCGUUCCUGACUGACCCGGUCCAUCUGAAGCUGAGCCUGCAGCAAAGGGCUGGUUGUUGUUCAGAACCAGCCUGCAAAGAGAACCGGAGAACCGGUUCUACGCUCAGAUUCAUUCAGACCUGAUGAAAUAGUUCAGUCUGGAUCUGGUGGCAGAACACCAACAGAACCAGAAACCUCAGAAGAAGAAACAGAUCCAUUUAGCAAAAUCUCCUCGGGUCUCCCUGAUGAACCAGAACCUGAGGUGAUGAGGAGUCUGGGUUUGAAGAGGUUCUGAUGGCGUCGGCCGGUCCUGCUGUUCGUCUUCACACUGGAUUCUUGUUGAUGCUCCUAAACGUUUGGGUGAAAGGCUGGAACGGACCGCCUCGGUGCUGAUCCCUCAUCUGUUCAGGUACGACUGCGAAGGAGGCGGAGCCUCUGUGUGGGCGGGGUGAAUGGGCACUGGGGAUCAGAACCUCCAGCCUUGCUUUUUUUUCGGCAGUUUCUGCUCAUUCUCUCCAAACGGAUCGGAUGCAUUUUUCAGCACUUUAGCUGCUUUCUGUUCAGCACUGAUUCUGACGGCACAUUUGAAAACGUUUAAGUUUCACGUUUUGAUUUGAAUUUUACUGAUAAAAGGAAACUGGUUCUGGCAGGAAGUUUUCCCAGUUUUAGAUUGAAUUUGUUUCCCGCUGCUCUGGUCGCCAGCUUCGGGUUUGGACCCGGUUCCAUGGUGGAUCGGUUCUUCUGUUCUAGACAGAGUUCUGAGGGAACGUUGGACCAGUGGAGCCUGGAAGCAAAGUUUCGCCAAAUGACCCGGAAGAACGAUGUCCUGCUCUCCAGAACAUUUCUGCUCCGGGUCCUGGAGGUGACCUCUGCGCCACCAUGGCAACAUUACCAAAAACCUUAGAGCAGGGUUACCAUGACGACUACUGGGCUAGAACCAUGUCGCCAUCCUUAUGUUUCACUGGAAUGAGCCCGACUCAGACACUGCGAACUCUGGGGGAACUGGAGGCUGGAUGCUUCCAUGAUGUCAGAGGCUGUAAAUGUGGACUGUGGGGGAGCUGCUGUGGGAGUGGGGGAGCAGUAACGUGUCGUUGUGAAAUCACCUGUUAAUAAAACAUGGUGGAACUCAA